UAGAUCCAUGGAAUCACUACAGAACGUUCAAUGUGAAAAUCAUCGGGUGGCGUACAAAAUAUAAGUAAAAAACGCCCCUUUGAAUAUGACGUGCGUAGGCAAGCAUAAGUACUUGAAGAGAUUUAAACAGGCAACUCAAGACUUAUGGAGAUCGUACAGUGUCAACGAAUUGACUUGUCAAAAUUAUAAGAUUCUUAUAGUAGGGUCAGACGUGUCCAUAUAUACAGUGAUAAAGGCAAUGAUUAAAUACAAUAAAUCGUUUGUCAUAGUUUUUGAGAAGGAUUUAAAACAAUUUGUUGGAUAUUUCGGAUAUCAGCAAAUUGUACCAUAUUUGACGCAUAUAUAUUUGUUUUUCUCGAAAAUGUUGUAUAGAGACCGAUUAAUGUCAAGUGUUUCUUUAUUUUCAAAAACAUCUCAUCCUGUUAUUAUUUCAAAAAAUUGGUUAUUAGAAAACAAUAAUACGGACACAGAAGAUAAUUGUAGUAAUAGUCAAAAUCCGACAAUCGAAGCCGCAUUAUGUGAAAUCACAAACUUUCUCUACCCUUUACCUGACUGGUUUUCCGUAUCACUUUUAAGCGACAUUUUUAAAAAUCCAUCACUCUUUUCACGUUUCUAUACUUUUCUUGAACAAAGUCGUGAAAAACAUAAUAUUUUAAAAUCUGACGAAAUACGUUGUGAUAAACAUCAUCACAGUCAUAGUGUACAUCUAUGGCCGUCUCCUUUCAUUUAUACAUUGAAUACCUGGCGUUACAUUGCAGGGGUUGAUGCAGCCGCACCUUUUCUGACUAUUUCACCGGAAGAACCAUUACAAAACGCAGUAUCUCUUUUACUUGAAACAGUAGAAUCUCAUAUUGCAGUAUGGGACAAGAAUCGAUCUUGUCCGUUUCAGAUGUUAUCUUGUUCUUACUUUCUCUAUCACCUGGUUCAACACUUACGCGGUUCCCAUCCAGCACUGGAUUUAUAUGUACGCGAAGAGCUUAACAUUGGUAUCAAGGGUGCUGAUGUCGUUGUUGUCCAUCCUAUAACACCGUUUCAACAAGUUUUAAGGAUAUUCUGGGAAAAACAGUGGAAAACGUUGCCUGUUGUAGAUGAUUCUGAUUUGUCUUUUCUUGGCUUUAUAUCAUCCAAUCACAUGAUUUCCAUUUGCGGUCAAAUAUUUGAUGCACACAUAAAGAAAGGAUACACUAGUGAUGCACAAUAUGAACAAGUACAAAUUCCAGACGAUUCUAGUGAUGAGUCGAGUGCUUUUUUUGUAAAAUCAAAAAAAAUAUUUAAUUCAUUUCUACCGGAGAAUUCGUCAAACAAAACAGUGAUACCAACUGUUUUAAACCUUAACGAGCCUCUAAACCAUAUAAUGCAAACGUAUUUCAAUUAUUCAUUUUACCACUCUUUAUAUCCGUUUUAUUCCUAUGAAAAAAAAAAUAUAUGUGAUUCAUUUACGGAGUCGAUUACAGAAACGCUUGAAAACAAACCUAAUAUUACGUUUAGUUUCUUGUCAGAUCGCGUUCUUUCAGAUACAUUUGAUGAAAAAAAUGUGACGCAAUCGGAGGAAAAAAACAAUGAUAAUUGUCAUAAUUCAAUCAUGAAUAGUAUUAAUAAAGAAAUAAUUAGCGAAACAUCUUCGUUAAAACCUCAAUCAAAUAAUAAAAUGUCAGAUAUAAAUUCACUAAGUGGUCUGCCAACUCCUGUGACCUCAACAUCUCAUGUCGAAACACCUAGAGAGACUCACGAUCUAAACGCAUUCCUAUAUAAAAAGUCGUCUAAGGUUGUACUACCAAGCGCUGUUUCCGACUCUGAUAUCACUUUAAGAAAUGCUAUUUCUCAUGUGUUAAUGAGUCAAGAAGAACGUGUUUUAUUGGUCCAUCCAGAAACUAGGAGAAUCCAGCAUCUUAUUUCCCCUAGAAACAUUCUUUUGCUUCUAGACCCAAAAGAAUGAAAUUAAUUUUACUAAAAGUUAAUUAAAUUUAAAAUAUUUGUACAAAAUGUAUUUUAUCCAUGCUGAUAUUUAACUUUUUAAUAAAAUUUUUUUGUUAUUUAAUCGAAACAAAAAACAAAAAUUGUUCCAUUUCAAUAAAGGUUUUC